AUGAGUAGAGUCGAAGAAGUAGAAUCCCGUCGCAAAGUGGCCAUCGUAACAGGCGCGUCCUCUGGAAUCGGCCGUAUCACGUCAGUUGCACUUUGCGAAGCAGGCUGGAAUGUCGUUCUUUCCGCUCGUCGUAAAGAUGCACUGGAAGAGACUGCACGUAUGUGCGAAGAAGCUGCACGCGACCAGAGUGUCCAAGCAACCGAGCUUACUCUUGUUGUUGCUGGGGACGUGACACAAGAGAGCGAUGUUCACCAAUUAUUCGAGCGUUCGAUUGCUACAUACGGAAGGAUCGACAUGCUUUUCAAUAAUGCCGGAAUCACCGGACCCUCCAAACCUCUGGAAGAUAUUUCCCUUGCAGACUUUAUGGCAGUCAUGAACACGAAUCUCGUCGCCGCUAUGCUCUGUACCCAGCAUGCUUUGCGCCACUUCAAACAGAAUGCGUCAGGGGGACGGAUUAUCAACAAUGGAAGCAUCGCCGCGCAUGCUCCUCGCCCGCACGGAGCGCCCUACGCCAUUUCCAAACACGCUAUUUGGGGCCUCACCAAGAGUACACAGCUCGAAGGUCGGAGUUUCGGUGUUACCUGUACUCAGCUCGACAUCGGGAAUGCGAUGACACAGAUGGCCCAGGGUGCCGCGACGACCGGAGCCCUCCAGCCAGAUGGCUCCGUUAAAGUAGAAGGCUCAAUCGACGCUCGCCAUGUAGCUCGUGCUGUCGUCCAUAUUGCAGGUCUCCCUACUUCAGUCACCGUACUCCAAAUGAACAUCAUAUAUGCCAUACAUUGGGCGCGGAUGAAGGCGUACGAACUCGAAUCUCCUUAUUCCAUGAAAAAGCGUGUCUUCGCCUCCCAAAUACGACGUAUGAAGGCCGUUCGCUUCGUGGUGUUGACACCUGUCGCUACUAAUGCUCUCCUCUUCGAACCCCCUUCUGCGUCUGCUCUGAAGAGACACGGUGACAUUGCUCGCCGAGCUCAUCAUGACCGUCGCCAGACCGGGGACGGUUGGGUCGCUGCGGGGUGCUACACCGACAAUAUGUUCCAGCGAACGCUCCCGGCGUACACAGUCACUUCCGGCACCAUGACAAACGACGCCUGCAAAGCCAUCUGCGACGAGCGUGGCUAUGCCAUUGCAGCUACAGAAUGGAGCGAGGAGUGUUUCUGCGAUGACGACUUUCAUAACGGCGGCGUCAAGACUGCAGACGCUGAAUGUGACAUGAUGUGUAUUGGCGCGCCGACUGAAGUCUGUGGUGGCGGCCUCCGACUCACCGUCUGGACGAAGCCAGCGUCCACACUUGAGAGCUAUGGGAACUGGAACUCUCAAGGCUGCUUCGUGGACAGUAUCAACGCUCGUAUCGUUCCGAAUUCUGUCUCUGUCGAUGGAGAUUUCACGCCUCAAAAGUGCAUGGACGCGUGCGCCGCGCAAGGAUAUGAAUAUGCUGGCCUAGAGUACAGUCAUGAAUGCUAUUGCGCCAACGGUCUCAAUACGGCAAGCCUCCAGCAAGUCGAUAUUAGCGAGUGCAACUCGCGCUGCGAAGGCGAUGCAGCUCAUUAUUGUGGUGCCGGAAACAGGCUCAAUCUCUACAAGCACACUGCUACUAUUGCACCAGGCACAGACGGCUGGACAUACGACAACUGCUACUCCGAUAACAUGGACUCCCGCACCUUGGGACUUCGCGUCUAUGUCGAUGGUGGAAUGACUCCGACCAAGUGCAACACAAAAUGUCUCUCUCUUGGAUAUAGCCACGCAGGGGUGGAGUACUCUGACGAAUGCUAUUGUGCCAAUUCGAUUGGCUCAUCCGGAACACAAGAGACAGACGGUUGCACGAUGUCUUGCUCUGGUGAUAGAAAUACGAUCUGCGGCGGUGGCAACCGAAUUACUGUCUACAAAUACACCAGCACCGCGCUGCCAACUCCAGCUUCCGUUCUAGAGAGUUAUGGAGAGUGGACGAGUGCCGGGUGCUACGUUGAUUCGAUGAACGCCCGCGUGCUGACCCCCAAUACCAACGCCCAACGACCCAUGACGGUUCAAAACUGCAUCGACGCUUGUGCUGCUUCUGGAUAUACGGUGGCUGGGCUCGAGUACGCUGAGGAGUGUUAUUGUGGUCUCGCUUUGCCGCCUGUUUUGGCUGCAGACAACUGUAUCAUGAAAUGCGAGGGAGAUGAAGCUCAUCUGUGCGGUGGACCGAACAGGCUUAAUGUUUACAAACAUUCGCUUGUUACACCGACCUCGACCACUGAUUCAUCGACCUCAACCACUGAUUCAUCGACCUCGACCAAUGAUUCAUCGACCUCGACCACUGAUUCAGCGACUUCGACAUCCACUAGCGACUCUUCGUCGAGCACUGCAUCUCCGUCGUCGACUAGCACAGAGACCGAAUCCUUCACGACGACUGUGGAUACCAGUACGUCUACGCCAACUCAAACACAGGCCGCUGAUCCAUGGAUUGAUGCGGGCUGUCAAGUGGGGUAUGCCCAAUACUCGAUGUGGAUGCAAACAGGCAUGAUGAUGGGAUCCCAAAGUGUCAAGACAUGUACCACGAUGUGCGACCAAUACGGAAUGGGUGCUGCACGGAUCACGAAUGGCGGUAUCUGCACAUGCAUGAUUAUGCAUACUCCGAGCUCUACAGGCGUUUGCAAUGCGCGAUGCUUGAACGAUUUUGACCGAUUUUGCGGCAGUUGGUCAGACCGUAAUGCCGGAUCCACCUACAUCAAACCGGUCGGCCAACAAAUCGCAAUGCCUACAUCACCUCAGGCCGCAUCUUGGGUAUCACAAGGCUGCUAUUUGCCAAACGGACUAUACGAGGCAGUCUUGAAUGAUAACAACUCUUUGUUAACUAUGAGCAAAGACAAGUGCACUCAGGCUUGCCAGGCGCUGAACAAGCCUGUUGCCGUUAUCUUCUCUCUGAAUCAGCCCGCUCGUGUGUAUCAAACUUGCGGUUGUGGUACCACUCUUCCUCCAACAGCAACAUCAAGUGACAUGUGCGACAAGGUGUGUGGAGGAAACGCUUCCCAGAACUGUGGUGGACAUGGCUAUAUCACCGCCUAUCAAUUCAUAUGA